GCAUAGUAUAGCUGCUUUCUUCUCCACUUUCAAAGCAACUCAUGCUGUCCGAAACUACAGCAAAAGCACAGGAGAGAGCAAACCAGAAACGUUUCAACACAGCUCCCUUGAGCCGCCUGUCCGCCUCGGCCAGCCACUUUUUCUCGGACCCCUCCUCCCCUCACUUCUCCUUCGAGCCAAUAGAUGCUGAGCUUCAUUUGCAUAUUUCUAUAAGGCGCUGGGUUGGUCGGGGGGCCAAGCGCGAGAGGAUUGCCUUCCUGCGAUUCCGAGGGAAGCCUUUGCACUUUUUCUUUUCUUUUUUUGCACUCAACUUUCGGGAAGUUUCCCGCACUGACGGCUCCCGCUGCCUUGCGCUCGCUUAGCUUAGAUCCGGCCGGUCGUAUCGUCUCUCGAGCAAUGGACAGGCGAGCUCUACUGGCAGCCCUGUGUAUCUGGAGCCACUACCUCGUCGCUCUUUGCGCAGACCUCACCACCCAGAGCAGGCUUGCCGCCGCCGCCGCCGGCACCUCGGUCCCAAGAAACACUAUAGAAAAAAAGAGGGACUUCAAUUAUAUUGAGAGCAAAUUUUCUUUAAGGACACCUGGAAAACCUGAUGAAGACACGUGCUACAUCGUUCCUGGCCAAGAAACAAGUACAUCGCAAUGCAACUUCAAUCAUACCAGUAAAACGUUUGUGGUUAUACAUGGAUGGACGGUAGCUGGCAUGUUUGAGAGCUGGGUUCCCAAGCUGGUAAAGGCGCUGUAUAAAAGGGAACCUGACUCAAAUGUCAUCGUCGUUGACUGGCUUGCUCGAAGCAGCUUACAUUAUCCAGUAUCUGCUAGCCUCACAAAGCUGGUGGGAGAAGAUAUUGCCACAUUUGUUGAUUGGCUGGAGGAGCAAUUCAGUUACUCACUGGACAAAGUCCAUUUACUAGGAUACAGCCUCGGUGCUCAUGCUGCUGGCAUUGCUGGAAGUCUGACCAAUAACAAGAUUAAUAGAAUUACUGGUUUAGAUCCUGCUGGACCUCACUUUGAAUAUGCUGAGGCCUCUGUACGCCUUUCUCCAGAUGAUGCUGUCUUUGUUGAUGUCUUGCACACUUUCACAAGGGGGUCCCCAGAUCGCAGUAUUGGGAUACAGAAGCCUGUUGGGCAUAUUGAUAUCUACCCUAAUGGAGGUGCCUUCCAGCCAGGCUGCAACAUAGGACAAGCCCUGCGUCUGAUUGCAGAAAAAGGGUUUCAAAAUGUAGAUCAGCUGGUGAAAUGCUCUCAUGAACGCUCCAUCCACCUCUUCAUUGAUUCCCUCUUGUAUGAAGAAAAACCAAUUGUGGCAUUCCGCUGCAACUCAAAACAAGCAUUUGAAAGAGGGCUCUGCUUGAGCUGCAGAAAGAACCGCUGCAAUAAUUUGGGCUACAAAGCCAACAGAGUGAGAACCAAGAGGAACAACAAAAUGUAUCUGAAGACUCGAGCGCAAAUGCCUUAUAAAGUCUUUCAUUACCAAGUCAAGAUCCAUUUUUUUGCUAAGGUGAAUAUAACCAAGACAGACCAGCCGUUCCUUAUCUCGCUCUAUGGCACUAAGGAUGAAAGUGAGGACAUUGCAUUUUUACUACCUGAGAUCUCCACAAACAAAACCCAUUCCUUCCUGAUAUGCACAGAGGUUGAUAUUGGAGACCUGCUCAUUGUCAAACUCCAAUGGGAAAAAGACUCUAUUUUCAGCUUGACAGAUUGGUGGAGUACCCCUGAGUUUGGCAUCCAGAGGAUCAGAGUCAAGGCUGGAGAAACCCAGAAAAAAUUGGUGUUCUGUUCUCGCAAUGGAUUCUCUUACCUCAAAAAAGGAAGUGGAGUUGCAGAAUUUGUGAGAUGCCUUGGAAAAAAUUCUAACGUUGAGGAUUCAUGACCAGGUCAAGUAAUGAAAUAAAUAUCAGCACUUGAGUUCUUCGGAAAAUAGCAAGUUGAUGAAGAAGUUCCGUUCUGGAAAAGAACCUCAGUAUGUUGGCUGUUCAGGGACUGAAACUAUUCAAAUAUUUAUCAGCCUUCUGUAAUACUGUCUACGUUCUUAGUUACUCUGGGAGACUUUCACCCAGACCCAGCUAUAGACUGGUUGCACCAGAAUGUUGUUUGGGGUGCCCAUCUGAAUUCAUAUCCAAUUGAAAUCGAUGCAGUGCAGUGGACAUUUUCAUUUAGAAGAGAAUCCAAACCCGCACAGUAUUCCUGAUCCAAUAGGUGAUAUGUAUGCAAAACCCUACUAAUGUGGAUGUCCUUAUUUGGGUCAGAGCAUUUUUGUUUCAUCUCAGUGCACAAGAGAGCAAAUGAGCAAGUUGUUCUUUUUAAUGACAAAGCAAGAAACCUCUUACAAAUGCGAUGCAUUAUUGAGAACAAACUACAGUAAUUCUCAUGCCACCUUGUUAUAAAGUUUCUUAAUUUUUACAACGUACUGUGUGUAAAAAAACCUAUUUAUUUAAAAGCUACAUAUUCAUGCCAUCUUUAAGCUGUCUUUAAGCUGAUGAGUUGUUGUUGUUGUUUGAUCUACCACUUGGACAUUUUGCUGGGCAAUGUCCAUUUAGCCAAUUCAUUCAUUGUUGCAUCCUUUGCUGGCCGAAACUCAAUGGUUUCACUUAAAGGAUUAGGUGAUUAGAUAGGUUUCUCACUUGACAUAUGCCUGUAAGAUAAAUAUCGUAUCCAAACCUGAACGUGACUGAAUAGACAUAGAUUCCAGGGUAUUUUCUUCUACAGUUGGUCAAUACUUACCUAGACAUUGGAAUUAGUUAUUAAUACAUACAUUUCUUUAUAUGAAAAUAAAUUUUCCAGAUAAAUUUAGCUAGCAUUUUCAGUGCCUGUGUUCUUCUUUUAAACAAGAAUCCAACCUGUGACACUGAACCAAAUAAUUAAUAAAAAAGAGCAGAAAUCUGUUAAAAGACUGCAGGAACACUAUUUCUAUAAUCUAUUUCAAAUUGUUUUAACUGAUACAAAAUUAUAACACCUAGUCUUGAGCAAUUAUCACAACUGCGAUCACUCUUACUUCCCUUUAUCCUAAUCCCAACAGGCAGUGUAUUUCUCUUUCUGAUACUGAUAUUCUUUAUUUUGAGAAUAGAACCUGCUUUUGUUCAGCAAUGUGACGAACGUCAGAAGCUGAAACAACAGUGUUUGUCUGAAAUCAUGCAAAUAUUUAACAAAAUAGAGUAUUGCACACUUUUGGAAUAUGCACAGACAUGUACCCUUUGAAUCUGAAAGCCACAAACACGUGGAAGAGGUAUAAAACAAAGGGGUUUUAAGAAGUGUUUAAUAGCAUGCUCAAAAUAAUUUACAAAUCAUUUCAGUUUUAUAACCAAUAACCCAAUUACAAUAUUAAUGUGUGUAUAUUUUUUAAAAUCACACACUUAACAAUGGAAGCUGUAUUUGUAUGAAGAUGCCUGAAAAAAUAUUUACUGGCCUUCUAACACUUGUGUGAUGGGUUGUCUUGAAUUUAAUAUUUAUUGUUUGAGCAAAAAUCUGUCACAAAGAAAUUGUUUAAAGCUCUGUGUGUGUUUGUGUGUAGACAAAACUGUGGUCUACUACAGCCCCUCUGUCUAAGCAUCCUUCAAGAACAUUAUUUUUAAAAAGAAUUUAUAGUAGUAAAGUUGCUCAAAAAUUAUUUCCAUACUCUCACAAAUCAUGGUUUAGGUAGGAUAAUUUUGAGUUUCAUUACAUGAGCCCUGAAGGAGAUCUAUAAAGGUGACCCAAAGUUUCUUCUUGAUAAAGCUUCCAUUUUGAGCUUCCUGAAGAGGGAGGUUUUAGUUUUGAUAGUUGUAUUAUGUUGCACAUUUCAAAUUAAGAUAAAUAUAAACACCAACAGCAUUUGAUAACCAAAUUGUGAAGGGUUUUAUAUGUCAGAAAAUAUAACUUGGCUUUAAAUGUUCCUAUUUAUUAUCUGUAAAAUACAUGUGUGUAUAUGUGUAAAAGUUUAGUAUGUACAUAUUGCUGAUGUUAUCACGGCUAUAUGCAUAAUUAAAAAUAUGUGUGCCAUAA